UGACUUUCGGCCAAUCACUGAACGUUUUAAUACUUAGCGAAGAAAUUUAGCUUGUGUAGGACCCCGCUACGGACUGACAGUGUGCUCAAGGAGAAAACAACGCCGUGGCAGCAUGGGUGUGUUAUCCACGCUUUUAAGAGGUCUGGUUAGAGGAGCCGACAGAAUGUCGGAGUUCACUAGCAAGCGUGGUUCAAAGACUCAAAAUAGAGGCAGAGGUUCAAGGCCCGCUGGACUGAAGCUCUCCAGCAGAAAGUUUCUGUCAAUUCGGGCAAUGAUUCCUGAGUUUGUGGUGCCCAGUUUGGAGGGAUUCCAACUUAAGCCAUAUGUGUCAUACCGUGCACCAAAAGGAACAGAACCACCAGUCACAGCACAAAGUUUAUUUGAUGAAGUUGUCGCCCCUCAGAUCAAGAAAGAUUUUGAAGAGGGCACUUUUAGCAAAGACCAGCUGGAAAAGUAUGGAUUUGAGCCCACGCAGGAAGGGAAACUCUUCAAACUGUAUCCUAAGAACUAUGUGCGCUAGUCAUGGAUGGCUGCUGGAGACCAAUGCAACAUAAAAACUGAUCUGACACUUACAGGAUGAUCACCACAGAUGGGACUGUAAACUUUUUCUAAGUGAUGGCCUUGUCAUUUAAAAGAACUGUUCAAUAAAAUUUAAAGGG